AUGUUUUGGGUCUCACCUGGGAAGAAAAGUAUAAACGGUCAUAGACUCCUGGAUAAUCCCCCAUCACAUCUCGCAUCUCCUCUUCCUCAGCUUCACCAUCAUCUUCUGAUUUCCAACGGUCAAAGUCCACCUGCAGAGAAGGGCAUUGUUGCUCACUGUUGCCUCAGCUACUGCCAUGCUCUGGGCUACGGACGCUUCGCUCCUGAUCACUAA